CAGUCAAAAGACGUAAAAAUGUAGUUAACAUAUAAUUUCCAAUGUUUUGAUAAAGGCAUUAUGCCGAAACGUCAAUUAAAGGAGUAUAAUCAGAGAGAACGGCCGAAAUUUUUGACGAAUUAUAAGAACCCAUGCUACCUCGGGCGGAGGAUGACGAACAACGAGUCGCUGGUGGAGGGCAGAGCGCUGCACUGCCUCCCGUACUUCAUUGUGGCCGGCUUCCCAAAGUCGGGAACCACGGACCUUUGGGCGCGUCUGUUCAACCACGCCGAGAUCCACAUCAAACACGGGAAGGAACCGCGGUUCUUUAACAUUGGACGAUUUACUGCGCCGUUUGAGCGAGUGAUGGUGCAGUAUAUCCGGAUGUUCGCGAGGUCCACCAUUGAACUACAAAAGCUUGUGGCGCCGCUCGACUGCGGACACGAGUUCCCCUAUCAUCAUGGCAUCACAGGCGAGGCGACUGUUGACGCCUCAUUCGACAUCAAGGACUGGCGACAGGUACCCGGAAAUGAGAACUGCAGCGAGCCGGCGUUCACAAAUGCAGACGUGGCUUACCACCUCAAUCCAAACAUGAAGAUAAUCUUCGUAGUCAGAAAUCCAGUUGACAGGGCUUACUCAGACUACAUCUACGAGGCCCGGUUCCUGCGCUAUCCCACUAACCCCCAACUCUUCCACGCCGCCGUCAUUGACGCCAUGCGCAACCACACGGGCUGCUGGCGACACCACCACUCCGUCCGCGCAUGCGCCUAUAACAAUACCAUAGAGUCUAUGAAGGUUCGACUGCGCGUUGGUAUGUACCACAUCUUCAUCCAAGACUGGAUAGACGUGUUCUCCAGCGACAAUAUCCUUGUCAUCAAAGCCGAGGACACCAUGGGACCGCCCAAAAUUGCGGAUGUUUACAACAGAAUAUUCAGCUUCCUCUCUGUCCGACCGUUUACCCGGAUGGAGGAGAUGGAGGUGUUUCAGCGAGGACCCGUCAACGUCCGGUCCAAACAUGAAAAAAAUAUUGGCGAGAUGUUGCCGGAGACUAGGAAGAUGCUGGAGUCCUUCUACCGCCCCUUUAACGAAGCGCUACGAAAAUUAAUACCAGAAAUAGAUUAUAAUGCAAGCUGA